AUGGGAAAUGAUGCUGCUCAGGAAAGGGAUGGUAGCAUGCAGGUGGUGCUAUACUGGGGUAAUCAGGAUGAAUUUAUUCGGCAAAUGCUUUGGAAAGAGUCAAGCUUUCUGGGACAUAAUUUGCACACGGGGAUUGUGAGGAGUAUCAAUGAGAGCAACCUAGCAGGUUUCAUUCUGUUGGGGUUUUCUGAUUAUCCUCAGGUACAAAAGGUUCCCUUUGUGGUUAUUAUAAUCUUGUACUUACUAACAGUUUUGGGGAAUACCACCAUCAUUCUGGUAUCUUGCCUGGAGCCCAAACUUCAUACACCAAUAUAUUUUUUUCUUUCUCAUCUCUCCUUCCUGGAUCUCUGCUUUACCAGUAGUGUUAUUCCCCAGCUCCUACUAAACUUGUGGGAUCCCAUGAAACCCAUUAUCUAUGGUGGCUGUGUGGUUCAGUUUUAUGUCUCUCUUGCCCUGGGAUCUACUGAAUGUAUCCUUUUGGCUGUGAUGUGCUAUGAUCGCUACAUCGCUGUCUGCUCUCCCCUCCACUAUACUGCCUCAGUGCAUCCCCGUCUUUGCAUGUCCUUGGCAUCUUUGGCGUGGCUCAGCGGAGUGACCACCAUCCUGGUACAGUCCACUCUCACCCUGCAGCUACCCAUUUGUGGGCAUCGCCAAGUGGAUCAUUUUAUCUGUGAGGUCCCUGUGCUUAUCAAGUUGGCUUGUGUGGACACCACUUUCAAUGAGGCGGAGCUCUUUUUGGCUAGUAUCCUGUUUCUUAUAGUGCCUUUCUCCUUCAUCCUGGUUUCUUAUGGCUACAUUGCCAAAGCCAUAAAGCAGAGGAUCAAAUCAGCUACUGGAAGAAAAAAAGGUUUUGGGACUUGCUCCUCUCACCUGAUGGUAGUCAUCAUCUUCUACGGAACCAUCAUCUUCAUGUACCUGCAGCCGGCCAAGGGUAGAUCCAAGGACCAGGGGAAGUUUGUUUCCCUCUUCUACACUGUGGUGACUCCAAUACAACCACUUAUCUAUACUCUGAGGAACAAAGACGUUACGGGGGCACUCAAGAAAGUUCUAGGAAAGAUUCUGGGAAUACAUUUUACAUGA